AUGCACAAACCACCGGUUCGGUUUUGCGUUUUGCUGCUGCUGCUUUAUGUGGCACCGAGCAAACAGCAGGCCUCCACACCAGGAGAUCCACACUACUGGGCCGGUGUGGUAGAGUUCAGUUCCGCCCCAGUGUCGGGCGAAACGGCUGAAGCCAGCACUGCCAAUCGACUGGCGCAGUAUCUCACCAUUAUCGAUUCGGGCGAAGCAAACGUUACCGAUGUGAUCGUAUUUCCCGAGGGUACACUUAACGGCUACGGAACUGCGUCCUUUGUACCGCAUCCGCGGGAUUAUAUCGCACCGUGCAACAACCUGCAGUACGAGCGGGUUGUACGUGACAUCUCCUGUGCGGCCCGUAACCGCAAGAAGUACAUCGUGAUUAAUCUGACCGAGAAGGCGCAUUGUCCGGAGCAGUCCGAUACGCGGCCCUGCAGUCCGGAUGGGUUGUAUCACUUCAACACGAACGUUGCCUUCGACCGGGAGGGUGUGGUCGUGUCGCGCUACCGUAAGUUUAAUCUGUUCGGUGAGGCUGGCAUAAACACGACCACCUAUCCGGAGAUGGCGAACUUCGACACGGAUUUUGGCGUACGGUUUGGGCACUUUAUCUGCUUCGACCUGAUGUUCAACGAACCCGCCCUCGAACUGGUGCGGUUGGGCAUUACGGAUUUCAUCUUCCCGACGAUGUGGUUCUCGGAGCUGCCCUUCCUAACGGCGUCCCAGAUACAGCAAGGAUGGGCAUUUUCGAACAAUGUGAAUCUGCUGGCGGCUGGUGCGAGUUUCCCCGGCGUUGGCAGUACCGGUACGGGUGUUUAUGCCGGUCGGCGUGGUGCGAUCACGACCGUCAUGAAUCACGAACCACAAACUAAACUGUACGUUACUCAGGUCCCGAAAAUGAAUUUCCCCAAUGCGGCCAUCAACAAGAAACCGGAACCGAAAGGUACACCGGCCCAGAUGGCGAAACUGGUGCUCAAACGGGACCAGAUCGAUAAAUAUACUACGAAGGAUCUUCCGAUGACGUCGAACGCGCAGCUAGAGGAGCGCGUUUGUUAUCAAAGCCAUUGCUGCAACUUUACCAUCAACUAUAGCGUGAAACCGAAUCUACAAAACACGAGGUACUAUCGCUACAAGCUAGCUGCGUAUGAUGCAGGUCGUACGUUUGAUGGGUUUGCCGAUGGCCACAUUACGACGUGUGCCAUAUUCGCCUGCUCUUCCACCAACUAUAGCGACUGCUCGCAAAGGUUCGGUGCGAACGAAGCCUACGAUGAAGCGGUCACGUUCAAUGCAAUCACGAUAGUGGCUAAAUUUGCGGACAACUCGGACACGUUUGUAUUGCCGAACAACGUCGACACCAGUAUCGUACCAUUCGACGUGUCGGAAACGGAAUAUGUCGUCGUUCCAAGCGUGGGCGAUCCGACACCCCAUAACAUUGUGACCUACAAACUGAACAAUCCCCAUUCGGAUCUCUACACGUUCGCGAUCUGGGCGCGUAAGUUCGAGCGUUAUCCAAUUUCCGGCGCUAGCCCUUCCAGCCUGGUCUCGACACUAGUAUUGAUUGCGGUCGGUGGUGUGGCAGCAUUGAUGAGAAACGUCUGGUGA